AUGUCGUCCGACCAGGAGCGAACAUCAUCUCUCGGGGGACAGGGUCAAGAUCGAUGUCGAGGUGCUUCUCCCCUCUCAGUCACACCGCGUCGGCCUCUGCCCGCAGCAACAGCCCCAAGAUACCUCCCUGCACGAAGCCCAACGGCUCAAGAACAGCCUGGAUCCGCUUCCACGUUCUUCCCCUUGGACCUACCACCCACGUCCUCCUCCCUUGGCUACGACGACAGGAACAAGACCAUCCUCAGCUCCCUGCACGAAUACCACAAUAGUCACGGGCAGGGGCAGGUGGAACGGAUCCCUUCGCCCGAGACAACGCCGAAGAGGCUCGUCCGAGGCUCGACACCAGGCCCUACGGACAACGUCCCCAAGAGUGCAGGACCAGCUACCGCUCCGUCUCGACUGUCACUCCUCACCAUGUUCGCGAGGAACACACCGCCCUCGAUCACCCCUGAGAUGCACGACGAGUUGCUGAACAUGAAGGUGGAUGAGGCGCUGUUUCCCGCGGGCGCGCCGACAGGCAAAGACACCUUCUCGCCCGCGGCGUUCAAGAAUCUACAGGCACAGGCCACAGGUCUGCUCACGAAGAUGCAGAGUGCAUACCGCCAGAAGGCACAGGCGCUGUCCGAACUCGAGAAGGAGCGCGAGGCGGACCGCGACGAGCUGGACGAGGCCGAGACUCGCAGCAAGCACCUCAAGUUUCAGCUGGAGGACAUGGCACACAAGGCGGCCGAGCAGGAACAGCGGAUGAAGCAGCUCAUGGAGGAGCUGGCUACGGAAAGGCGCGCACGGGCCGAGCUGGAGCGGCUGGGUGCCUUUUCGAAGCAGCGGCUGUCGCCCGGCGGCCUCGCCUCGGAGGCCGGCAGCACCAUAUCCGAGGACCUCGGGGUGGACGAGGAGGAGAUGCAGAAGCGCAAAUGGCGGAAGAGCAACGGCACCGACACGAGCUUUGAGACGGAUGACGACAGCAUCAGCUUCGAGGGUGAGAGUGUCUUCUCCCGACCACGAAGCCCGUCCGUGUCCACCACCACCACGACGCGCGGUGUGGAGACCGGCAGCGUGAUAGAUAUGCCCAUUCCCACACCCACGUCCAUGAGGGGUCCCAACUCGACGAAGCGCACCUCUGUCCAAAGCAACCGGCCCCGCAGCCAGAUGAGCACAUUCCAGAAGCUGAUGAAGGGCAUCUCGGGCGAGGACGGCUGCCGCAACUGCAAGGGCCAAGACUCGAGUUCAGCAUGGGACACAGUCAGCCUGCUUCGAGACGAGAACAAGAAUCUCAAGCAGCGGGUUGGCGAGCUGGAGGACUGCCUCGAGGGCGCGCUGGACGCGGUCAACGGCGUCGGGUUAUGACUUGAGAGCGCGAAAAAGAUGUGCGAUCAACUGCUCGUCCGGCAUUCCGCCCUGCCGCCAUUGACCGACACCAACAACAUUGGGAUGGAGUUUCUGGAUUUCUUUUCUAUUUCUACAACAACAACAAUCACAUCGACGGCGACCAUUGCUAUCGGCUCGCUCGAGUACCACCGGGCUCUGGCCCUGACCAACAUCCCUGCGGCCCUGCGUACGGCGGCGGUCCGCAGCUUUGCUCUGAUUCUGGCUUUUGCUUCACGCUCGAGUGUCCUCCUCAUCGCCAUCUGGCUCAUGAUGGAGACCGGCGUGCGUAUUGUCCUCGUGCUGUCAUAUGCAGCAUGGUUUUUAAUUCUUACUGUGAGCGCGGCUAUCACGGCCUUUACAUAAGUCGUCUAUCUACGGUUCUCAGCAUACUUUUUUCUUUCUCGGAUGGGUGGCCUUAUAUGUCUCCUUUUUUAUUUUUAUUUUUACAUUAUUGCAUACCCCAUUAGGCGCGAAGAGAUAGAUGGACAUUGGAUCAUGUGGAUGUUUUCGGGAGCAGAGAAGAGAGGCUAUAGUGUUAUAGAGACCGCCCCGUGGCUUGAUGCUGCGACAAGAAUGCUAGAUGACAAAAUC